AUGUAUUGCGAAUAUCGCACAUCUCCGGCCCUGAACUAUCCAAACGGUAUGGAGAAUCCGACAGAAAACGAGCUGAGUGAAACUAUUCACCGCAGUCUACUCGAUUUCACAGAGGACAUCUACGGGCAGGUUGUGCGUUUUCAGCGUGAGGAGUUGACGAAUGUAUGCCUGGCCCCGGUUUGUCUUUACGAAGUACUGGCCAUGCUUUUGUCCGGCAGUGAUGGUGUGACUCGUAUCGAACUGCAACAAGUCUUGCAUUGGCCUGGCCAGUUCCCGGACUCCAUGGUUCACCACGCGGUCAGUUCUGUGAUUCUGAGCUGUCAUUUGCCAUUCGCUCGAAAUGGACUGGCCAAACGCAUGUUCCUAUUGAAGCAUGCGUUGGUAAAGAACCAAUUUUUAACUAAUCUUUUUCGUCACUACAAAUGCGCAGUGGAAAAAGUUGAUACUCUUCACGGGGCAGAGAAUAAGCGACGGUACAUCAAUCGUUGGGUCACGGAAUGUACCCAGCAUCAGAUCACUAACCUCAUACCGCCCAAACUGAUUACCGAGGCCUCUUGGAGUUGUAUGAUUAGCGCACUGCAUUGCAAAACCUCGGAAAUGAAGGGUGCAACGCGUGAGGGUAUAUUUUAUUUGCUUGACGGUUCCCAAUGCGUCGUAAGGAUGAUGCAUAAAGUGGACAAAUUGCCGAUGCUCGAGUUGCCCGAGCUACAGGCGUUCGCUAUGAAAAUGCCACUUCAUCAACUCAAUUACCAACUUUUGAUGAUACUUCCAUAUUCCAAUGAUGGAUUGAGCAAUCUCAUCCAACAUUUACAACAACCGGGGAUAUUUUCCACCAUAUUGGCGGCGGAAUUCAGGCACGAAGUGCUUUCUGUCUAUGUGCCCCAGUUCACCCAAGGUUAUCGAACCCAUCCGGAUUUGAAUCCCAUUCUAUUCGGGCUUGGUUUGACCUCAUUGUUUGAUCGUACAAAGUCCAAUUUAACGGGGAUGGUAGACGAUAUGGAAUUGGCGUUGUCCCACAUAUUCCACAAAGCUGUUCUUGAAAUCGGGGAUUUGGGUGUGACUAAUCAGGCUGUGAUUGCUAGCACUCGAAAUCAAGCGAUUCGGGAGUUUCGUGCGGACCAUCCGUUUUUCCUCUGCUUACUCUACGAUCAUCAUUUGCCCAUAGUGGUCGGGCAUGUGGUCAAACCACGUCGUUAUCGUGGACCAGUGUACGUGAACGGGAAAUAG